AUGGAGGGGCUGAAGGAAACAGAGAACGGCACCUCUGGGAAGGCUCUGUGCCCUCUCGUGGAAAGCUAUAAAUACAUCUUGUCACCCCUCACCUACAGCUCCGUCUUCGUGCUGGGGCUGCUCCUCCACGGCGCCACGCUGCGGCCCAGCUGCUGCCGCGCCGAGGGCUGGACCUGCACCACCAUCUACCUGGUGAACCCGGCGGUGGCGGAUCUGCUCUACCUCUUCUCUUUGCCCUUGCUCGUCGUCAACUACAGCCUGCGGGACGCGUGGCCUUUCGGAGAGCCGCUCUGCAAACCGGUCCGCUUCUUGUUUUACGCCAACCUGUACGGCAGCGUCCUGCUGCUGACCGGCAUCAGCGUCCACCGCUUCCUCGGCGUUUGCUACCCCAUCCGCUCCCUGCCCUACCGCGCCCGGCGCCUGGCUGCUGCCGGCACCGCUAAGGCCUUGGCGCCCGGGUAA